UGAAGAAGAAGAAGACCCCCUCGCGCGCUGCGGGACUCUGGAUGUGCGGGUUUGUGUUGCGGGACACGCGGCUCCGGCCCGCGGGGGGACGAUGAUCCGGGCCCCGGCACCGCAGCGGGACGAAGAGGAGCGGCCCGCGGGUGAGAGUCUGAACAUCAGUGUCCCGAGUCCCGAGUCCCGGUUCUUGCUCCUUCAGAGGAUCCGGGAUAUUUCCAGUUGUUGCUAUGGAGAUUUAAAGUGGAGCAGAGCAGAGACGAGUCCAGAGAGUCUCCAGAUGAAAGAGGAACCCGAAGAACCGAGCGUCGAAGAAGAGGAGGAAGAACCGAGCGUCAAAGAGGAGGAAGAACCGAGCGUCAAAGAGGAGGAAGAACCGAGAGUCAAAGAGGAGGAGGAGCAGCUGCACCUGUGUGUUCCUGAGUCCAGUGCUGUGGACGUGAAGACAGAAGAGUCAGAACUUCUCCACAGACACAGUGUCCAGAUCCCCCGAGUGAGUCCGGACCUGAACCGGGAGCCUCCAGAGAGUCUCCGGGUUAAAGAGGAGCCCGAAGAACCGAGAGUCAAAGAGGAGGAAGAGCAGCUGCACCUGUGCGUCCCCGAGUCCAGUGCAGUGGACGUGAAGACAGAAGAGUGGACAGAGCUUCUCCGCAGACACCGUGAGCACAGAGGGGACAAGACAAAGGGACGGGACCUCAGCGACGAGACAGACGGAGACACGGACCACUCCUCUGACCCCGACCAAGACUGGAGAGCUCCUUUCAGCUGUUCGGAAACCAAUGGACGCUUCAAACGGGUCCGGACCAGAGCGAGAAGCAGCAUCUCCCCGAACUCGAGUCUGUCCCCCGAACACGAGCGAGCCGAGGGGACCAAACGCACAAAACAUGAUUCACCGAGACGUGUUAGAGUGAAACCUUACAGCUGCUCAGUCUGCAAGAAAACCUUUUCCCAGAAGACGAGCCUGCGCGUCCACAAGAGGACGCACACGGGGGACAGACCGUACAGCUGCUCAGUCUGUAAGAAAACGUUCAGUCAAAAGAAUAACCUGGUCGUGCACUUGAGGACGCACACGGGGGACAAACCCUACAGCUGUUCGACGUGUAAGAAGCGUUUCUCGCAUCCGUCCGGGCUCAUUUAUCAUAAAAGGACACACACGGGAGAAAAACCUUACAGGUGUCCGGUGUGUGGGAACUCUUUCACGCACAAGAUGAUCCUGAACGUGCACAUGAGGACGCACACGGGGGAAAAACCUUACAGCUGUUUGGUCUGUGACACGCGCUUCACUCAGAGCUACAACCUGAAACGACACAUGAGGAGCCACACUGAAGUGAAGUCUUUCAGCUGUUCGUUCUGUGGGAAAACUUUCGCCCAAAAGUCUGACCUUUACGAACACGUCAGGACGCACAUCGGAGACAAACCUUUCGGCUGCUCGGUCUGCGGCAAACGCUUCAUCUCCAACGCUCAUCUGAAACGACACGCGAGCAGCCACACCGGACACAGAUCCUACAGCUGCUCGGUGUGCAAGGAAGACUUCGCCGAUUCCUCCGGACUCAAACGUCACAAGGAAACGCACGACGAAGAAAAACCCCACAGCUGCUCCGUCUGCAAGAAAAGAUUCACCCGCAAGUCGAACCUGGAGGCGCACGGACGGAUGCACGCGGGCGAGAAACCCUACAGCUGCUCGGUGUGCGGCACGAGCUUCAUCACCAGCUCGAAUCUGAAGAGGCACAUGAGGAGCCACUCGGGGGCGGCGUCUUACGGCUGUUCGGUCUGCGGCGCGCAGUUCGGCCUGAGCUCGUCUCUGGUCAGACACAUGAAGAGCCACGCCGAGGACAGACCUUUCGGCUGUUCGGUGUGCGGUAUUCGGUUCAUCCUGAAGUCGUCUCUGGUCAGACACACAAGGACGCACGCGGCAGAGACAACCUGGACUUUAUUGCCCCACCUCUGUCUGCUGUGCAUCCACCUGUUUGUCCUCCAACUUCUUGAUGAAGUCUUGAGCAUCCCUGGGAUUAUCAAAAAGCACAACAGAGCCGCGAUGCCAGACACGAAGCCGCUCUGGUGUAAACGUGGGAAAUGUCGCCGCGGUGACCUUUGUCCUCACGUCCCUGCAGGUGUCCAGAUCCCCCGAGUGAGUCCGGACCUGAACCGGGAGCCUCCAGAGAGUCUCCGGGUUAAAGAGGAGCCCGAAGAACCGAGAGUCAAAGAGGAGGAAGAGCAGCUGCACCUGUGCGUCCCCGAGUCCAGUGCAGUGGACGUGAAGACAGAAGAGUCAGAAACACAGGGACAGGAGCUCAGCGACGAGACACGCGUCCGCUCAGAGACAGAGGGCGACACGGACCACUCCUCUGACGCCGAUGAAGACUGGAGAGCUCCUUUCAGCUGUUCGCCUCCACGGACGGAGACGGAGGCCGGCGGACGCUUCAGACGGGUCCAGACCAGAACCAGAAGCAGCAGAAUCAGCGCCGCCCCGAACCUGAGUCUGUCCCCCGAGCACCGGCCCGACCCCGAGACCAGAACCGCCCUGGACCGUGGACACGUGUCAGGAACAGCUGCGAGAGCCAAACGCAAGAAACACAAAUGCUCGGUUUGUAAAAAGAGAUUUGGGUAUAAAAAGUGUUUUCAAAGACACGUCAGACUUCACGCCGGAGAGGAACCAUUCAGCUGUUCGGUGUGUAAGAAAACAUUCGCCCGGAAGCGUAAUCUCGUGGGACACAUGAGGACGCACACGGGCGACAAACCCUUCAGCUGCUCAGUGUGUCAGAAAACGUUCACGUACGAGACGAGCCUGUACGUCCACAGGAGGACGCACACCGGGGACAAACCUUACAGCUGUUUAAUCUGCAAGAAAACGUUCAGUCAGAAGAGCAGCGUCGCGGUGCACAUGAGAAUCCACACGGGGGACAAACCUUACAGCUGCUCGGUCUGCGAGAAACGUUUUGCCCAUUCCACCGGUCUCCAGUAUCAUGAGAGGACGCACACGGGGGACAAACCUUACAGCUGUUCGGUCUGUGACAUGCACUUUACCUCGAGUUAUUAUCUGAAAAGACACACGAGGAGCCACGCGGAAGUGAAAUCUUACAGCUGCUCAGUCUGUAAGAAAACAUUCAAGCACAAAACGGAACUUAGUGAACACAAGAGAACGCACACGCCGGAAAAACCCUACAGCUGCUCGGUGUGCGGUAAACGUUUCGUCUCGAGGUGCCACGUGAAAAUCCACACGAGGACUCACACGGGGGAGAAACCUUUCGGCUGCUCCCUGUGCGACGCCAAACUGACGUCGAACUUUUCCCUCAAAGUCCACAUGAGGACGCACACGGGGGAGAAGCCUUACAGCUGUUCGGCGUGCGGCAAGCGCCUGACGUCGAGCUACGCGCUGAAGUGCCACGCGAGGAGCCACACGGGCGAGAAACCGUACGGCUGCUCGGCGUGCGGCGCCCGCUUCACGUCCAACGCGUCGCUCAAGUGCCACGCGCGGAUUCACACCGGCGAGAAACCUUUCAGCUGCUCGGUCUGCAACACGUGGUUUUCGUCGAGCUCCACGCUGAGCCGCCACGCGAGGACGCACACGCACGAGCGGCGCUUCGGCUGCUCCCUGUGCCACGCCCACUUCUACCUCAGCUCCUCCCUCCACAGCCACAUGAGGAUUCACACCGGAGAGAGUUAAACUGACACACGAGGAUUCACACUGGACAGAGUUAAACUGACACAUGAGGAUUCACACUGGACAGAGUUAAACUGACACACGAGGAUUCACACCGGACAGAGUUAAAACUGACACACGAGG